UUGAGACUCAAUUGCCAUCCCCGGUGCAGGUGCAAGGUCGCAGGAUCAAUCCUCGACUUCGUCAGGUUGUAUUCAAUUCCACUUCAACGCCUGUACGGAUGUACCAUUUCCCUCUUUGCUUUGCUUGUUAAAACGUCAAAAAUUCAGGGUAACUAUCCGCUGCAACAAGAAGCAAUGAAAAGUGAUCAAACUCAUAACAAACAUCCUUGAAAAUUUCGAAUUCUACUACAUCAUCAUCAUUCACAAAUCACAAUACCUCUAUUAUGAAAAAUGUCCCCAGAAUCACCCCCAUCUCUUUCUAUCCUCCCAAAAAGUCUCUGCUUUCACAAAUCCCUAAUCCUGAUAAUCACCUUUUUUGCCUAUGCCUCCCUCCAUGCUUCUCGCAAACCCCCCAGCAUUGUCAAAUCAGUUCUUGGGCCUGAAAUCUCCAAAAAUGACACCAACCCACUUCAAGAUUUGAACUUUUCUCAAAUGGGUUGGCCUCCUUUUAAUGGAUCUCUCGGAACUCAUCUUUUAGGUGAGCUUGAUCUUGCGUUCUUAUCUUCUUAUGCUAUUGGGAUGUUCUUUUCUGGCCAUUUUGCCGAUAUUACUGAUCUUAGACUCUUUCUCUCAUAUGGGAUGUUGUUAAGUGCUCUUUUUACUGUAGCUUUCGGAUGUGGCUAUUGGUUUAGCAUUCAUAAUUUCUUGUAUUUUGUGCUUGUUCAGAUUUUUUGUGGUGUUUUUCAGUCUACUGGGUGGCCUUCUGUUGUUGCUGUUGUGGGUAAUUGGUUUGGAAAAUCAAAAAGAGGUUUGAUUAUGGGGACUUGGAACUCUCAUACUUCUGUUGGUAAUAUUGUGGGCUCAAUUGUUGCUUCUUCUAUGCUGAAAUUUGGGUGGGGUUGGUCAUUCUUUUGGCCUGGAUUGUUAGUGUUCUUGAUUGGGAUUAUUGUCUAUAUGUUUCUAGUUGUGAGCCCUGAGCUUAUUGAUCUAUCAAUUUCGAGUGAGAUUGAGUUGAAUCCAGUUGAGGUUUCUGAUAAUGGGGAUGCUGAGCAUUUGGGUCUUCUGCAAUCUAAGGAUAGAAAGCCUUUGGAAGAAGUUAAGAGCUUUGAAAUGCAGGAUAUCAAUUCGACGGAUGCGAUCGGGUUUAUUGAAGCUUGGAAACUGCCUGGUGUUGCUUCUUUUGCUAUCUGUUUGUUUUUCUCCAAGCUUGUAGCUUACACAUUUUUGUAUUGGUUGCCAUUCUAUAUAAGACAUACAGCUGUUGCUGGUGUGCACUUGUCCCAUGAAAGUGCUGGAAUGCUGUCAACCAUAUUUGAUUUUGGUGGUGUUCUUGGAGGAGUAUUGGCUGGUUUGGCUUCUGAUAAACUUGAGGCUCGGGCAAUUACUUCAGUUUCAUUUCUCUUGUUAUCCGUUCCAGCCCUUGUUCUCUAUCGUGUUUACGGGAGCAGUUCGAUGUUCUCCAAUAAUAUUUUGAUGUUUGUUUCGGGUACACUUGUAAAUGGACCGUAUGCUUUGAUAACAACUGCUGUGGCUGCUGAUCUUGGGACACAAUCUGCCAUUAAUGGGAACUCUCGCGCAUUGGCUACAGUUACAGCAAUAAUAGAUGGAACUGGUUCGAUUGGGGCAGCUAUUGGUCCAGUUCUAGUUGGUUAUAUUUCGACCAGCGGUUGGAAUUAUGUGUUUGCAGUGCUUAUUGCUUCAAUUUUCAUAGCCACAGUGUCGUUAAUUCCUGCUGUGAAGUCGGAGAUACAAGAGAGGAAAUAUAGAAUACAAAUGAAUGGAGCUGUUCACUGAUCCAAUGUAUUGCUUCCUGUUGUGAUCAGUGAGGUGCAUCUCACAGCAUGUCCGACCACAAUCAUGGUGUUUUUUGGUUGCUCUCCAUGCUUGCAUCACCCGGGCAACACUAUUUUAUCACAGUUGUGAAUUCAUUGUGCAAUGUGCAUAGAGGAUGUCUCUCUUUCAAAACAGAUUUUAUGUGAAUACAGUAUGAGUAGAUGUGAAGUUGGAUUACACACAUUCUUAGAGAACAAAUCUUUUAGACGGAUGUAGUUUCUUAUAUAAUGAUAAAGAUAGCUCAUGUAAUUUACUGCACUGGAAUAAGUGAUGUUUUCCUUAGAUGGUAAA